UCUGUAGCCGUGGCGUGCGAUCCUGUAGAUGACUAACAGUUUUAUGACGGGCCGUGGUGGCGUUUGUUCUCCGUCGGGUUGCCAGCAGGAGGUGCAGGAGUCAAGGCAGGAGGUCUGUGAGUGUAUGACAUGUUGGUGCAGAUUAAGUUGGGGAAAAAAAAAAAGUUUGAAAACAAGGGGUGAGAUCAUAUGACUUGAAAUAUGCAGAAGGUUUAAAAAAAAAAAAGCAACUCCACCCAAAUUAUUUAUUCACAACCAAACCCCCCACACAGACACACCCCAGGGUACAGGUCCACGCCCUCUGACCACUGCUCAGCUCAUCCCUCUGCAGAACGUUACUGUGCUGCCAGGCAUCGCUGCAAGAGGAGGUCCGUUAGAAACGACAGCCAGCAGAGCGAGGACCCCCGCCAGAUCCAAGCUCAUCUGAAAUGUAUUAAACCCCCGGAGAAGAAGGAUCCUCUGUCAUCCAGCUCCACAGAGGCCUCCUAUUCGCUGCCGGAGGUACACCCAGCAGCAGCUGCUCCUCCAAGACCAGCUUUUGUUGUUGAGUUUUCCACUCCAGAGGACAAAAGUGGAGAGGGGGAGACCAGAAGUGCUCAACGACUCGGUGCUAAACGUUGCCGUUGUGGGGACAUCUUUCAGGGAGAAACUUCAAGCCGUAUCAUUCCUCCUGCUGUGUACAGAAGAGGCCUCAAGGACAAGUGAGCAGCUUUCAUCCAUUGAAGAUGUCACGCUGGGGGCGUAAAGAUGUCAAGAAGGCACCCGAGGUGAUUCGCACUGUGACAGAAGGGCUGAAGUCCUUGUACCGUAAGAAGCUGCUGCCUCUGGAGCAGUAUUAUGGUUUCCACGACUUCCACUCUCCAAGUUUGGAGGAUGCAGACUUUGACAACAAGCCCAUGGUGCUGGUUGUGGGACAGUACUCCACCGGAAAGACCACGUUCAUCAAGUAUUUGCUGGAGCAGGAAAUUCCAGGGAGCCGUGUGGGUCCUGAACCCACCACCGACUGCUUCACUGCCAUCAUGCACGGGGAGGUGGAGGGCGUCAUACCAGGGAAUGCCCUGAUUGUGGACCCCAACAAGCCUUUCCGGAAACUCAACCCAUUUGGAAACACUUUCCUCAACAGAUUCCAGUGUGCCCAGAUGCAGAACCAGGUCCUGGAGAGCAUCAGCAUCAUCGACACGCCGGGGAUCCUGUCCGGAGCCAAGCAGAGAGUGAGCCGAGGCUACGACUUCCCGGCUGUGCUGCGCUGGUUUGCGGAGCGCGUGGACCGGAUCAUCCUCCUGUUUGACGCUCACAAGCUGGAGAUAUCGGACGAGUUCUCCGAGGCCAUCGGGGCCCUGAAAGGCAACGAGGACAAGCUGCGCGUGGUCCUCAACAAGGCCGACAUGGUGGGAACCCAGCAGCUGAUGCGAGUCUACGGUGCACUGAUGUGGUCCCUGGGUAAGGUGUUCGGCACCCCUGAAGUCCUGCGCGUGUACAUCGGCUCGUUCUGGUCAGAGCCGCUGAUGGUUGCUGAUAACCGUAAGCUGUUUGAGCUGGAGGAGGAGGAUCUGUUCACCGACAUUCAGAACCUCCCUCGCAACGCAGCUUUACGGAAGCUCAACGACCUGGUGAAGAGGGCCCGUCUGGUCAGGGUCCACGCUCACAUCAUCAGCUAUCUGAAGCAGGAGAUGCCUUCAGUCUUCAGGAAAGAUAACAAAAAGAAGAAUCUGAUCUACCAGCUGCCGGUUAUCUUCUCCAAGAUCCAGCUGCAGUACAACAUCUCUCCUGGAGAUUUUCCAGACUGUGCCAAGAUGCAGGAACAGCUGAUGGUUCACGACUUCACCAAGUUCAAGACGUUGAAGCCGAACCUGAUGGCAGCUCUGGAUGAGCUGCUCGCCUCCGACAUCGCCAAGCUGAUGCCCCUCCUGCGGCAAGAGGAGCUGGAAGCAGGAGACCAGCCGGGCGUGCAGGGUGGCGCCUUCCUCGGGACCCGGGCCGGACCCUUCACAGAGGGCGACCCCUUCGCUGAGGAGAACGGAGAGGCAAGCCAGGAGGAGGAGGACUGGGUGGUGACCAAAGACAAGCCCAAAUACGAUGAAAUCUUCUACAACCUCGCCCCCGACGAGGGGAAGCUGAGCGGCACCAAGGCCAAGGACUGGAUGGUGAGCUCCCGCCUGCCCAACUCGGUGCUGGGUCGCAUCUGGAAGCUGUCCGACGUGGACCACGACGGCAUGCUGGAUGAUGAGGAGUUUGCCCUGGCCAGCCAUCUGAUCGAAGUGAAGCUGGAGGGCCAUGGUCUACCGCCAGAGCUGCCGUCCCGCCUGAUCCCCCCCUCCAAACGCAGGCAGAAGGGCUCCGAUGCGUAAACAGCAGCUGAGUGGAUUCCUCUCCGCCGGCUCGCCCACUUCAUGCUACUGUUUGUUUUUGCUUUUAUCCUCUCAGCCCACAAAAAUGUUACAUGCACGGCACUGUGCAAAAGUCUUGAGUCAUUCCUUGUUUCUUUAGAGUUUACUUCAGAGGAGUCAGAGCAUGCGUGACUAUAACUCAGUUAAUGUUACAAAUAAUGGCCUAAAAUCUGGUUUGGUAGUAGCUGAGCAUCAUCCUCAACACAUAAGCUUUAGACAGUGCACAAGAUCUUGGCUCAGCAGUUAGCAAAAUAUCUCGUGAACCACGGUAGAUUUUAACGACCGAGUCAUACACAACAGUGCUAAUAGAUCUUGCAAGAUCUCUCAGUAUUGCACAAGAUUUCUUAUCAAAAGAAGAUUUUAGUUUAAAACACCAGCGUGAAAGUUCCCCUCUGGUCCUGCUCAGCACGUUUCCAUGUUUUCUGCAAGUUUUUCCAACUUUCUAUUGAAUUUUUUUCUUCAUGUGCCGUUCUUGUGCCUGACCAUUUACAGAAUAUUGUUUUUUUAUUAUUAUUUAAGCAGCUUAACUCUGACUUAUGAACCAUUCAGACACACAAAGGCUCCCAAACUCAAGAGACAGAGCUGAGUCAACACAUAUCAAACAACUUUGCACAAAACCAGUUUUGAAUUGAACCUUUAGGCACUUUGUUUCUCGUAGCUUCUAACAAAGCACAAUUUGUUUCUAUUGCUUUAGUUGAAUCUAUACAAAAUACCAAAGACAAUUAAAUAUAAGCAUUUUAGCAUCAACAGGAGGCAUCAAAGGGCUGCUGGUUGAAAACUUGACAUGAACGAUGCAAGUCCUGAGUCAGAUGUCUUUUGGCUACUUUCCUCUUUUUUUUUGUUUUUUUAAGCCCACGUUGCCCAACAUGCUGUUACAAUCAGGAAGGGCUGAACAGAAACUGAGUGAAAGAGAAAACAAAGUCCAAAAACCUACAAAGAUUCUGAACGGUUGAUCCUGACUCCUUGGUAACAAGUUAAAGAGAGACGUGGGGCGGUUUAAAACUUUUGCACAGUUCUGUGUAGCUCACCUCUUGCACAGCUGAACUGUAUUUAUGGGACUAAAAGCGGGGCUUCUUGCAGACGUAGCAGCCCCCGUGUUCGGCUGCUUCUAGCCGAAGAUUACCGUCUGAGCGAGAAGCUUUAAACUUGUAUUAGAAAGUAAAUGUAUGGUAUUAAACCCAUAAACAGAUAAUCAGUGAUAUAUUGAUGCUGGAGUAUAUUUGCUUUGAGGGAAUGUGCUAAUUAUUAUUAUUAUUGUUUUUUUUAAACAAAGACCUGCUUAGCUCAUGCUUGUUUACAGCCUUUUUUCUGCAGCACGACUCCAAUAACCUGAAUUAAUUUCACUUUCGUGCUUUUCACACAAUCUGCUGCAAACUAUAUGUAUUAUUUUUAUAAAUCUCGUUUUUUUUUUCACCUGUUAAGAUGAACUCUAACCAGACUGAACGACAUAUUACUGACUACUGUGCACUUCUCCACAAAUUGUGUUAACGUUUAUU